AUGUCAGUGCAACCUGUCAACCCGAAGCCCUUCCUCAAUGGAUUGAUCGGGAAACCGGUGGUCUGCAAGCUAAAAUGGGGAAUGGAAUAUCGAGGCACGCUGCUCUCGGUUGACGGAUAUAUGAACGCCCAGCUCGGCAACGCGGAAGAAUACAUUGACGGCACCAACACGGGACAACUUGGAGAGAUCAUGAUCAGGCGUCUAGUCGUGCAAUUCAAGCGCUCUUUCCGACGUAACGACAAGGCCACGACGGUCACUGUAUCAAAAUUCAUUGCUCAUUUGAUCAACCAGCAAGUGGCUCACGAGCUGCUGUCGAUGGAGAUUAUGCUACUCAUGCUGCAGAAGCCCACCGAAGAUUCUGUGGAGGUCUGCAUCGCUUUCCUGAAGGAAUGCGGUGCGAAGCUGGCAGAUAUCGCUCCGCGCGCUCUCGAUUCCGUGUUUGCCCGUUUGCGUAACAUCCUUGCUGAGGCCCAGCUGGACUCCCGCAUUCGCUACAUGAUUGAGACGGCGAUGGCCGUGCGAAGGGACAAAUUUGCGAUCAUUGGUGAUGCUGGAGAAAGCAGCGAAGAAGAAUCAGACGAUGAAGAUGAAGAUGAGGAGAACAAGGAGCAAGGGGGAGCCGGAAAAGCCGAGCCUAUGGAGAUUAUCGACAACACUGAGCAGAAUAUGGUCGCCUUCCGUCGUGAAGUCUACCUGACCAUCCAAUCGUCGCUAGAUUACCAAGAAGCUGCCCACAAGCUGCUGAAGAUGGGUGUCAAGCCGGAAAUGGAGCCCGAGCUCAUUCACAUGCUGGUCGAUUGCUGCGCUCAACAACGCACAUUCGGAUUCGUCCUCCUCGUCAUCAUCAUCGUCCUCGGACUC